AUGUUCGGACCUCAAAGACCAACCGUUGUUUUAAUCUAUGGAGCAGUCGGAAGCAGAAAGGAAAAUUUAUUGCAAAGUUUGAUGGAUUCUCAACAGCAAUUGCUUGAAAAAACUUCCAGUGCAUCAAGCAGCAUCCAUCGAAUGUUGGACGGACUCGAAAAGUUUGUGUUUGUUCCGACAGUUACGGUGGCACCGAAAGAUAUCGAGCACGAUUUUAAAAGGACUCCGAAUUGUUUUGAAUUCGAGGAUGCUUCAAAUUUUGCCUCUCGCUUCGCUAGUAAUGAUUUUGAUUUAUGUUGGAAGGAAUUUCUGGACAAGCAAUACAAGUGUUCAAAAUCGGAAGCCAUCACUAUCGAUUACAUCUAUAAGGCCAUUCCAAAUGUUGAGACAAUCUUGAAAGAACAUCCAUCGUGUCGGAAAGUCAUCAUUUCCACUUCUAACAGCUCUGGAUCUGAAGAGAGUGGAUCAGUGUUCAACCCAUUGAUGGAAGCUAUCAAAUUGUAUAAAGAUUCCCACGAUGUAAAAAUUGUGCUUGUUCGAGCGUCAAGAGAGGUAGUUCAGCAAUCUCUAAAGGACAAGGGAUGUUACAAUCAAGAUGAAAUCGAUACGUUAAUGGUGCAUCAUGAGUACAUUGAGAAAGACAAGACAAUUAAUGAUCUUCGAAAAUAUUUGCAUUACAAUGGAAAUAUUCCGCUCACCUUUGUUGACAUUACCAACAAUAUGGAGGCUGAUAUGAGAAGAUUUGUGAAUGCUGUCGAAGGCAAAACUGAAGAGGAAAAUGAACCAUUUUACGAGAGCAAGCACACUGCUCGAGAAUACAUGAAGACACACAAAGUUAGCGAGUUGCUUCAAUAUUUGCUGCAGCUUGUGUUGGUAGAAAUGCCUUCUGAUCCACGACAAUUUCUCAUUGAUAACUUGAAGAAAAUUCAGUCCCACUCCUCGAAGAAGAUUUUAACGUCCUCAGAUUUUGAAACCAUGUUCUCCAUGAUUGAUAUUAAUAAUAAGGGCUUUGUGACCUACGACCAAACGUUAAAGACUUUAAUCAAUCUGAAAGUGGAUUCUAAAAGUGCAGAAAAAGCCUUAUCAGCAUUUGAAAAGAGUUCAAGAAUUAAUCAGGGUCAAUUUGUAGAAAUAAUUUCCAAGCAAUUAGAUAUAUUGAACGGCACUCCUUAUCAAUAA